AAAUAAUUAAGUUUAUAUUAAAACGGAAACAUUUACAAAAACAAUAAAAAUCACAGUAUUUAAUCCAUAUGCUCGUGCUGCGAGUGCACUUCGCUGUCCCUCCAAUUGCUCUGCACGCUCUCGAUUAUCCAUUUCCACCAUUUCGACUUGGUGAAAUAAUAACCUCCGCACAGUAUUAUGAAAACCCAACUCAGAAUUAAAAACAAAUCGUAUUCUUUGACGGGUAUAUUAGCUACAGGUCCGGAGAAAUCUGCAGAAGUGACCGCCACGGACUCGAUGGCUGCGAUGCCGGUGUGUUUGUAAAUAAACUGCGAGAAUUUGUCGAGAGUGUACUCGGACCCGUUGAAUUUGCCCAGCGAUCUUCCGUUGUGGAAGAGAAGCAGCGACGGAACGCCGACGAUGCCGUUCUGCGUGUUAAAUAGAUGGUACAUCAUGGCGUUGAUGGCUACGAAUUUAACGUCCGGAAAGGCCCUGGGGAGGGCGUUGAAAUGGGGACCGGCCAUUGUGGAAAACGGACAGUACUUGGAGUAAAACAAAACUGCCACGCACAACGCGGGCGUUUCUCUGUUCGUUAUUUUCUGAUCAGAUUGCAGUAGUUUUAUCAAUUCGGUGUCGUUAGUUAGCUUGACUUCGGUGGAGCCCAUGGCGGGUAGGCAGUUUGCGAACUUUUGGGUUUUAUUAGCGACAUUAUUGAUGUGUUCCUCGAAGAUUUUAGUUGCGUUAUUCGGCUCUUUGCCCUCGGUUGUUGUUGUAUUCGUCGAAUUUGUUAGUGUUGUGGCUACGUUAGUUGGUUCCACUUCUUCUGAAUUUAUUGUACAAAUAAAUAUUACAAUGAUGUUAAUUAAGACGUGAGUAGGUGGAAUGAACAUGGCUUGAAUUAAUUUGAGCCACUUUAUUAUUAUAUUUGAACCAUUAAUUCUAAUUUUUGCAAAUAUGAAUACUGUUUGUAGGUUAACUUUGUAUUGAUAUGAAUGACGUAAAACGUAAUGUCAAUUGUCGGUACUGUCACUGUUAUUCUUUAGGGAUUUUUAAGAUGUGCAGCUGUCAAAAUUGGUGAAAUUCUUCUUUUUUUCUUUGGAUAUAAAUUUCAAGGUUAUAUUUAUCAACGUCUUUGUUGUUGUUUUAAAUUUUUUUACACUGAUAAUUUGAGCAGGUAUAAUAAAUUAAUAUUAUAUUUUUAACGAAAAUAUGGUUAUGCAUUAUUAGUUUAAUUCAUAUACUAUGAAGUAACAGCCUCAAUCAAAACGAAGGUCACGUUGUAUUUUGCUAAACAAUGAGCACUUCGAAUUCUGGAAAUUCGGGAGCAAAAUUUAUCGAUUCGUUAAAUAGGACAAGGUCAGAGUCCCGGAUCGCUAUUAGGGCAAAAUUAAUGGCCAAACUUGGAACGUUUCUGGAAGGAAUUUUAAAAUUUUCCAUCGAAACUUCCAAACUUCCAACAAGGCAAUGUAAAGUAGUUUUAAACAGAUUUUGUAUGAAUUUUUUGUAGAAAAAAGUUUGAAAUAGUUUAAAAAAUUAUUUUAAUAAACUGUUAUGCAGUGCUUUAUAGCAAACUCGUGAUUCUGUUAAUAAAAAUUUCAUACCAAAGUUUAAGUAAUCCCCCAAUAAGUAUUAAAAAUUAAUAUCAAAAAUAUGCUUCUAAGAAUUGGUAUGAUCUAAUUGAAAGAGUCAUCUCCUAUCAAGUUUUUCUUUCACAAUAAUAAUUAUAUAAACAAACUAGUUUCCAUAUCAAGUGUAUAAUAAAUUAUUGAUAUAACAAAAUAGUAUGAAGCGGAUUUUAGCUAAUUUAAAAUUACCCCUAAAAACUUCAAAUAGCAACGUGAUUUUCCCUGGCAACUACGAUUCGUCCUUACAUUUCCGGCUUCCCAAAAAUAUGGAUUUUCCGCAGCGCGCCUGCCCGCUCGACCCGUAACCUGGAACCAGGAAGCAGGACAGAGAAAGGGAAAUUCAGUUGACACUGACAUUGGCCUAAAUCGUGGCGGACCCUUCGGCGAGUCGCACUUGCAUAUAACUGCAUUUCGCUACGUAGCAGACAUCGCAGUUGGCUCGGGAACUCCUCCUAAACAGACGCUCCGAUAUUCGCUCAAAAUUAAAUACUUUAUUCGCUUAAUUGUUGCAUAAAUCUAGUGCGUUUGGUAACCGGUAAGUGAGGAAAUGAGCGCUUCAAAGGGCUUCAAAGUAACAGACUCCGAGCGAAAAGUGAGAGUCGGUAUAGCCGUGAAGAACCUCGACGAGCUGAAGAAGAAGACCAUCGACAAAUUCAAGCUGGAAUUCUCCCCCGGCCAGAUAGCCUUCCAAACCACCGACGGGACGAUCAUCGAAAGCGAAGAGUAUUUCCAAACUCUGCCGUCGCAGACGCUCCUGAUAUGGGUGCUGGCCGGCGAGCGGGCCGCCACCGACGCCGAAAUCCUCUACAAAACCAUCCGGGAAGUCAACGAGGAGUACCUCAACGCCGGCGAGAAGAUCCAGGAGUUCUUCACCGAGAAGAUGAAGAGCAAAGUCUACAAGCUCGCCGAGGUGCUGAAGGGCAUCGACGCCCAGAAGACGAAGCUCAGCGCCAAAGCCGACCACCCCGAGUGGUUCGACGGCUUGAGCACGGCGGCUAAAACGAAAGAGGAGUACAUGUUCAGGAGGGGACAGGACCGCAUUCGAACGUACUAUUACAAAACGAGGGACGAGAUUCGAAAGAGAAAAGACGUGCCCGCUAGCGCGGCACAUUCAUUAUUUAUCGAAUUGGAAACCAAAUUGAAACUGAAUAAAUAUCACGGGUGUUAUUUCGAUAGGGCGGACGGCGGGGGCGACGACGACAUGAAAAGCAGCCUCUGUGACAGGGAAGGGACGUUCCGGUGCCAGGGCAGGUGGGAUAAGGAACAAUGUCUUUACAGUCCACGUCACAGCAUUAAUCCGUACGACAGCAGGGAAUCCCGGAUCGUAUUUCAGACUUGGAAUCUCGAUCACUACAAGGAACGAUCGCGUUCCAUCAUCCCUGCUGUAUGCGCAGCUCUCCGUUCUGUUGAUUCUACUGACGAGGACAGUGAAGUUGAUGGAAGCAAAGUAGCGCGCGCCGUGAAAGGGAAUUUCAAAACAAUUAGGAACGGUUUCCUCGAUAUUAAGGCUAUUUAUAACGAUCUAUUUACUUUGAACAAUUUAAAACUAGUCCAUAUAGUUUGCCACGAUAAAGGGGCGCACGUCGGCGCCGUCGCAGGCCCUUACCUGUUACAGUGACAGACGUUGUUAAUAACUUGAAACACGUAUUUAUAAGACUAAAUAUAUUAGAGGUUGUCUUCAUUAAGGAGAUGAUAUGGCUGGAGGUGAUCACUAACUACUCCGGGAUAGAUUUUUGCAAUUUAUCGCGCGUUAGUUGUCGCCUCCACGAUCAAGACUAAUAUUAGCAUAAUAUUGGGUUGAUAUGUUGGUUUUAUUAGCCUAUAAGUUCUGAUAAACUGUCAAUAUCUUUAGAUCUACUGAUUUUUCAACCGAAUAAUAUGUUUGAAAUGUAUUAUUAAUUUCCAAAAAAUUGGAAAGUUGCGACUUCAAAAGAAUAUAUACUCUUUAGAGAAAUAUUUUUACAUCUAACUGGUUUCAGUAUUAUUUCUGUGUGUUCUAAAUUUUUUAUUGGAAGAACUGAUGAAUAUUUUAAUAAAAAUAUAAACUUCGAUUAUUGUUGAAUAAAUGCUGUUAUAUCCUACAGAGAUUAAAAAAGUGUAAUCCGACAAACAAGGGGAAUAUUUUUUUAUUCUCUUGUUAAAAUUAACUAUAUCUAUAUAAAGUGCUUAUCAAAAUAUGUGAUUUAAACUAGAAAAAUAUACUGCUUGUAUGCAAUCAUAUAUUGUUAGCUUUCAUGCAAUAAUUAGAAGUAAUAAUAAAAAUAUUUUUACUUUUUAAAAAAUUUAUCAUUACUACAAUACAAUCAUUUUUUGCAUAAUACAAUAUUUUUGUCUUACUGGGCAGUUUUAGGCAUGCUUCUCUACAAUUAACUCAAUUUAAAUAAUAACAAUAUGAUUUUGAACAAGAGCUGUGAUUUCACUAAAUUUUUAAAAGUAAAAAUAUUUUUCCUGUAGACACAUAGAAUUCCAUAGGUUGUAGUAGCGGCCACUCUAGGUUGUGCAGGAACGGUACAGGGUGAUCAAAAAAUAUGUAGACGCAAAAACAGCAUUAAAAGUAGAAGACAAUGCUGAAUGUUUAUAAUUUAAAAUACAUGUAAGCGAUAUUGUUCUACAUCUACAUAAUCUCUGUAUACUUAUUAACCUUAUUAAUAAAGUUGAAUUGAAUGAAAUAUCUUUUUAAUAAAUUAUUGGAAUGUCGGUGCUCAUAAACAGGAAAACUUCUGCGUUAUCUUUAUUUGUUUUCAUCGUAAAUUGAAACAUAAAAAAACAAAUAAAUGCACUAUUAAAAGUUAUUGCGUUGCUUACAAGAAAUGUAUUUCGGAAAUUCAAAACGUGCAUUUUCUAUUAAAUACGUUCAAACACCUAUUUCUAAUACAUUAUUGCUACAAAUAAAUAAUCUAUUAGAAAAAUAGUAAUGUAUUACACUACUAUUAUUCGAAUGAUUUAGUUUUAAAAAAUAUGUAUUGAAGUAUAUCGGUUAAAGAUACUUUUUAUUACUACAUGAACCGAAAUGCGUUUAAGUACAAAAAAAAAUGAAAAUAGAAUAGCUUAAUGUAAAUGGUUGGCCACAUAUUAAACUUAAUUGCUAUUUGAUGAAUAUUCUUCAAGUUUUCUCAUAAUGUCACAAAAUGCUUACUUACAUUUACGCAUUUUUUUAUAAAUCCAGUAUAAUAACUCUAAUAAUAAAUAAAUCUUUGGUAAAACUUUCGCGAGCACAAAACCGACAACUUCAAAGUUAUUGCUCAACUGUUUUCGCAACAUUAUACCUUCUAGUACAGAAAAAAAAGUUACCACGUUUAUCUAAUUCUACUUCAGUUUCGACAUGAACUGAGACAAAUCGUACUCGUUGUCGUACUGCGUACUGUCCCAAAGUUCCGGCAAUGAUUCCAGCACGGCCUUCAUACCUCCGGUCCCCGAUUUGGAUGAGUUUAUUUCUCCGUUCGGCGAAUUUUUGUGGGAGAACAGGUCCAAUAUUUGAUCAGUUCCCAACGUUUCCAGUUGGCUGUUUUCACCGCUUAUAACCGUAUUUGCGGUUUGCAAUUUAAACUUCUGCAAACUGGAAUAAAAAACAACGUUUAACAAACCGCUUGAAUUACGCGCUAGUUACUUACCCCAUAAUUUUCUCCUCCAACGUUCCUCUUGUAAUUAAUCUGUAAACGUUUACCACCUUCCUUUGGCCUAUUCUGUGCGCCCUAUCCAUCGCUUGUAGAUCCUUCAUGGGGUUCCAAUCGUGUUCGACAAAUAUAACAGUAUCGGCUCCGGUGAGGUUCAAACCCAAACCGCCCACUUGGGUCGUCAGUAAUAACACAUCGAUCGAA